UUGAUAUAGGUAACUGGGCAAGGCUAAUGCAAAAAAACCAAACAAACACAUUUUCUGGACCCCACGUUGGUACCCACUCCUGUCUUUAAGGGAUGAAAAUCCCUAUAGGCCAAUAGAGAAGGGGGGUCUUCUCCCCCCCUCCCAGCAGCCCUGGGAGCUAUUUGCUUUCUUUAAUAAAGACUUCGCUUGCUCGCUGCCUGUGUGUUCGCAGAGUUCAUUCUUCAACUGCGUGAACAGGAACCGGGAUUCCGGCAACAUCUUUCCGGCAUCAGUUCGAUUGUUAUCGCUCUGAAAAUUCCCUGGAAACAUGAGCCAAGUUCAGAAUCUUAUAACUACCUAACAUUGGAACGAAUGUCCGUUGCCUAUUGAACCAAUAUUUGAAAAUACUGUGUGUUGAUGGAAAAAAAUCUGCAAAACCUAAACGCUGAGCAUUAUGCUUUAUUUGGCGGACAAAACAGAGGACUUAAGCCCCAAAGACAGCCUUUCACAUAGGUCUCAGGGACUGCUCUGAAGAGGUAAGGAGGAGCAAGCAUAGUUUUGCAGCAAAAGCCAGGUAGCUGGAACAUCAAAAGAUUACUAUUAAUUAAAGAAAACUAGACAUCUCAUGAUUUUAGCUUUUUUUUUUUUUUUUUUUUCCUGCCACACCAGCAGCAUCUGGAAGUUCCCGGGCCAGGGAUCAAACCUGUAGCACAGCAGCAAUCAAGCCGCUGCCAUUGACAAUGCCAGGUCCUUAAUCGUUAGGCCACCAGGGAACUCCUGACACUUUUCUUUGUAUGGGAAGAUGCAAGAGUCUGGGCUCAUUGAAACCGUUCCUUGGAUAUGCACCUUGACUGUCUAGGGCCGGUGUCUUGAUUUUCUCCCUCCUGAAUCCCCUCAGGGGGCACCGGUGGGGACAGCUGCAGUGGCUGCUGGCUUACUGGCUGCUUUGUUUACAGAUGUGGCAGGUACAAUUUUCACCCACAUGUCCAUUCAAGUGGCAGUAUUUAAUGAGGGUCCGAGGGGUGGGGGAAGCAAGUCCUUUGCUUUUGUGAAACCAUUUAUCCUUAAUUUCACUCUGAUCAUCCGUCUGCAUCUUUCAGUUCCUCUGCCACAGACCCACAGUCACUCUUAUUGUUUGAUAAUAACUAGAAUUAGUCUGGUUACUGCCAACAAUAGGAAAGAAUAGGAGAAUAAGUAUCUGAGCAGGAUGGUAACGCGAACAGCUGAGCUGAGCAAAAACAUCCCCAAAGCCGAACCCCCGGCGGGAUUGGGGAACAAGGACGCAAAGUCCUCCCGCUUUCCUAGAGAGGACCCCGGAGCGCCCCCAAGGCGGGGGUUGACGCGCUUCCGGCUUUUGUGACACUCUGGGUUCCAGCGAGCGGAGGGGCUGGGUCCCGGUCCCUUUGAUUCCCCAGAGGCACCUCCCUUUCGGUCCCAGCACCCCAGACGCCUCCGGGGUUCACGUCUGCAGGCUUGCAAAAACUGACCUCCUAAAUCAUCAGGGACAGAAAGGACAGUCCUGCAGACAGAUGCUGUUUGGACCAAGGGGGCCGUUCUUUGAACCCGAACAAUGACUGCCAAAUCAAGGAAUGCUAUAGAUUGGUCUCCCCAGGAGAUGGAAGGUGCUGUGAUGGUGAAAGUGGAGGAGGAAGAGGAAGCAGCUGAGGAAGACUGUUUGCAAAGAGAAAGAAGUCAAGGGGCGAGACCACGGCUUCCUAGUCGUUCCACAACUAUGAAUGAGAGGGCCUUAUUAUCAUCAUAUUUGGUUGCCUACCGCGUGGCAAAAGAGAAAAUGGCUCACACCGCUGCUGAGAAAAUUAUUCUUCCCGCCUGUAUGGACAUGGUACGGACCAUCUUUGACGAUAAGUCAGCUGAUAAAUUAAGAACCAUACCUCUGAGUGAUAAUACAAUAUCGCGUCGAAUCUGCACUAUUGCCAAACACCUAGAGGCAAUGCUUAUGGCGCGGCUACAGUCUGGUAUAGAUUUUGCCAUCCAGCUUGACGAGAGCACUGAUAUUGCAGGGUGCCCGGUGCUCUUGGUGUAUGUCCGAUACGUGUGGCAAGAUGACUUUAUAGAGGAUCUGUUAUGCUGUUUAAAUUUAAAUUCACACGGGACUGGAUUAGAUUGGUUCGCUGAAUUAGAAAAGUGCGUGGUGGGUCAACAUCAAUUAAACUGGAAAAACUGUAAAGGAAUAUCAAGUGAUGGGGCAGCACACAUGACUGGAAGACAGAGCAGAGUUAUUGAAAAAUUGUUAGAAGCAACCCAUCCCAGCGCUCCUUGGAGCCACUGUUUUAUUCAUCGAGAAGCUUUGGUAUCCAAAGGAAUGCCGCCAAGCCUAACGGAGGUACUGAAAAAUGCAGUGAAAAUUGUGAAUUUCAUUAAAGGAAGCGCAUCCAAUAGCCGACUUCUUGAAAUAUUUUGUUCAGAGAUUGGCGUUCACCAUACCUACUUAUUGUUUCACACAGAAGUUCGUUGGUUGUCCCAAGGAAAAGUCUUGAGCAGGGUAUAUGAACUCAGGAGUGAGAUUUACAUGUUUCUCAUGGAAAAGCAGUCUCCCCUGGCCACUCUUUUCGAAGAUGACACUUGGGUUACAAAACUGGCGUACGUAAGUGAUGUGUUUGGCAUUCUUCAUGAAUUAAAUGUGAAGCUACAAGGGAAAACCAAUGAUAUAUUUCAGUAUCUUGAGCAUAUCCGAGGAUUCCGGAAGACGUUAUCAUUGUGGCAAGCGAGACUGAACAGCGACCGCCCCAGCUACUACAUGUUCCCAUCACUGUUGCAACACAUUGAAGAGAGCAUCAUUGAUGGAGCCUGCUUACGAGAAAUAAAAUUAGAGAUAUUAUCACAUCUCACGUCUUUGUCUCAGACCUUAAAUCACUACUUCCCGGAGGAGAAAUUUCGGGCAUUAAAGGAAAAUAUUUGGAUGAAAGAUCCAUUUCCUUUUCAAACCCCAGAGUCAAUCGUGGAGUUAAACUUGGCGCCCGAAGAAGAGAAUGAGCUCUUGCAGCUCAGUUCGUCAUUCACGCAGAACUAUUACAAGACACUAAGUUUAUCGGCAUUUUGGAUUAAGAUUCAAGGUGAAUUCCCACUGCUAAGUAGAAAGAGUAUACUGCUGUUGCUACCGUUCACAACUACCUAUUUGUGUGAACUAGGAUUUUCCAUCUUGACACGAUUAAAAACAAAGAAGAGAAACAGGCUCAACAGUGCACCUGACAUGCGGGUAGCCUUGUCUUCGUGUGUUCCGGACUGGAAUGAACUUAUGAACAGGCAAGCACACCCAUCACAUUAAAUACAGCCUUUAGGGAGUUCCCAUCAUGGGGCAGCGGAAGCAAAUCUGACUAGGAACCAUGAGGUUGUGGGUUCGAUCCCUGGCCUUGCUCAGUGGGUUAAGGAUCCGGUGUUGCCAUGAGCUGUGGUGUAGGUCGGCAGCUACAGCUCUGAUUCGACCCCUAGCCUGGGCACCUCCAUAUGCCGCAGGAGCAGCCCAAGAAAAUGGCAAAAAGACAAAAAUAAAGAAAUAAAAUAAAGAUAACCAUUUGCUUGAUGAAAGAAUGUUCUACUUUAUAGAAUUCCGGGUAAAAUCGGAAGAAACAAUAAAAUCAGAAACUCACCAGUUUGCAACUUUUAAUGAAAUAAUGGAUCUAGGCAUGCUCCUAAGUGGCUACUAAAACUGUUAUGUGAGGAGUUCCCCAUGUGGCUCAGUGGAACCCAACUGGUAUCUGUAUGGAUGAGAAUUCAAUUCCUGGCCUCGAUCAGUGGGUUAAAGGAUCUGGCGCUGCCACAAACCGUUGAGUAAGUCGCAG